AAGGAAAACAUUGAAAAUGGUGGUGGUGUAAAUUUUCACGAAUUUUCCAAAACAAAUAUGUAUAUUUGCAUUUAAAAAUGUUUUAAACUUGAAGUGUGUCUUAAUAUUAAUGCCUGACGAUAGCGUUCUUGUUGGGCGUCCGUUUUUGAUUCAUAAAAACAUAAAAUAAGGCUAUCCUAAAUCUGUCAGGUUGUAUGAACAACGAAUUUCCAAUAAUUCUUAAAAACUCAAUACAUUUUGUCAAACUAUUAUGGCUAAGGUGGAGCAGCCCAUAUUUAUUCUACCUAAGAAGCGUAAUGGCAAAAAAGCAAUCACGAUAGCUGGUCAUGUCGACCAUAUUAUUACUGUACAGGGAGUUGGAGACAACGAAUUGCCAUCAAAAUAUAAGAAUGGUCUAUCACCCGUUUCCGAACAUGUAGUGAAUGGCAUCAUACACUCAACAAUGGAUGGGCUCAAGUCCAACAUGAAGAUAAAUCUCCCAAUUAUCAAUGAUGUCAAUGAUGAGGACCCCAACGAAACUAAUUCUCAAUCAGAUCAGAAGCUACAGAAAAAUGGCUACCAGAGUCUUUCCACCAUAAACAGCAGCCGUGAAAUAAUUGAUUUAUCACCAAUAUAUGAAAAUUCUUCUGACGCAUGCUCCAGCCACGGUGACUUGAGAGAAUUUAACGACAGUGAAAUGCAACGGAGCUGUAGAAUCCUAAAUUCUGACAACAACGAAAGUUCUUGCGCUACACCCAACAGUCUAUCCCAAACUCAGUCAGAAAAUAGCUUCGAAAUGGGACCAAUGACUGACAGCCUUAAAAACAGCGCUAAAAGGCGAAAGCGAGUCAACAUUGCACCAGGGAUUGUCGAAAAUGACAAUACUGACACAGAAAUCACUGCUCUAAGAGUAGAAUCGGAAGGAUCAAUUUCCCCUGAAUGUUCAUUAUCCGAAAAUAGAGAUGGGUAUUUAACUAUGACUGGAACCAUCAAGAGAGGUAAGAAAAAAGGGCAAAAUGUUGAUGUAAAGUUGAACAUAUCACGGGAAGAACUUGAGAUUAUCGAAGCAGCCAUUGUAGCUGAGGAAUACAAUAAAAUGGAUGUCUCCAAGUGUUCACUGUACAAUGGACCACAUAUAUUUCUAUUUAGCUUACUCUGCAUCCCGUUUGUUGCAUGUAUUUCUGCUAUGUACUCAUUCUACAUGGGUACAAUGGCUUGGUAUAAUAUAUUUACACAUGUUACUGAAGAUUUCAGCUGUUUCAAGAAGGUGUUAUUGGCACCCAUAGUGAUUUUGUCGUAUCCGUUUUUGAUAGUAAUUUUUACUGUAGGCUUGGGGUUAUACGCUGGUAUAGCUCAACUAACUUUCAGUGGUGCAAAUUGGUGGAAGGAUGUAAGCGAUUUUGAGAAAGGUUUCUAUGGUUGGCUUUGCAACACUCUUGGUAUGUCUGAAUGUAGUCCAUAUGAAGUAGUUGUUUUGAUGGAUGUAAAACCUUAAAUUGUGAGACCACUUAUUUGGCCAUGAUUGUAAUUCUUCACGCAUAUCUUAUAUUGUCAUCAAUGUUAUAUGAGCCACCAUAAAAGGCUUUAAUGUGAGUGUUUUUGUAUGUAUGUCAUAGUAUCUAUAUGUUGUGUGACUAUUUACAAUCAAAAUAAAUUAAUUAUGACAAGUUUAGGUAAAACAAUAUCCAAAUAUAGAUUUGCAUUAAUUUUUCUAGAUAUAAAAUAUAGCAAGCAACAUAAUACAGUUACAAUCUUGAACCAUGAUUAUUAGGUUGCAAAAGGUAUGCUACAAAUACCUGGACUUAUGUUUUGGUUAUUAUAACCAAUACAGCAUUAUGAUGUUAGAAACGGUUUUGGUUGUACUAGUAUAUUAUAUACCAUCAGUCCAGUCAGAUAUUUUGCAAGAUUUUGUCUAGCAAGAUAUUUAUUUAUUUGGAAGUUUAUAUUUGUGCAUAAUGAAAAAAAUGUAUAUCAAAAUAAAUUCUACAGCAUAUAAUGAAUUACCACAUAUGUAUUAUAAAUAAAUAAUAUUUAUUAAAAAAAAUACAUUUAGAUAGCAUAGAUAUUUAAUACCAUUACUAGUCAGAACUAAAUCAUUUAUUGACUUUAUUUUCAUAAGUAACACAAAUUAUUAUUUAUUGAUUUUAUUGUAAUGUGGGUGUGUGUGUGAAUUUUAAAUGUGUGUAUUUAAAAAAUAAAAAGUUUUUAAAAUGUAUAGGGAACAAACUGGGAUUUGGCAGGUUUUUACAAUAUUUGGACUGUAUAUUUUACAAAAUAUUUUAAAUUUAAGAUUAUUACAUAUUAUUGCAUUUCUAAUAAAUGUAAUGAAAACUAAAUAUAAGUUAUUUUAGAAAUUAAGUGAUAGAAUGGAACACAAAAAUCAUUUAAAAGUCUUCUGUUGCUCAAAUACCUCUAUUUUUUAAUACUUAUAUUUUUACUAUUUAUUUUAAUAUAUUUUCUUGCUUUCUAUUUUAUAAUAGUUCUAUAGCAAAUUAAGGAUAUUUUAUUAAUAAUGCUACAAUGUACUUGCUUUUACUUAUAAAAUUAUUAAUUAAUGGUUUCGAGAGAGAAUAAGUCCAUGAUAUAUUAUUCCAAGUGUUAUGUUCACUUGGAAGAAAAAAUACUUGUAUCCAUUAAUUUUUAAGGUUAAAAUAUAGACACAUACAGAUCUCAAAUAUAGAUGUAAUAAGAUUGUUAAGGAGAUGGUGAAUAAAAGUAGGCUUUCCAAGAAAGAAAAUUAACCAAUGAGAAAAAUCUUUUCCAAAAAUGCAUUUUUUUAUCUUUUUUUAUAUUUUUUCUAUACAUUUUGCUUUGGAGCCUAAAAAGGUAACAAUCAAUCAGUUGGUGUGAACCAGUCUACUUUGUUCUGCAUCUUCUUAUAAGUACUGUAAUUUUAUGAAUAGAAUAAAAAGCCAAGAAUUUUUAUUGCUUAGCGAAAUUUAUUUGAUAUAUUACUAUCAUGCUUAUGCAUAAUGACUUUGAUCAGGAUUUUAUACACCUAUAAUGUACCUAGUUUUUUUAAUGUAGUGACGACAACAUAAUCAUGUUUAUAGUAUAUCAAGACUGAUGUAUUCUAGUCACUAUUGUGUCCAUUUUCUACGUAAUAAAAUAUUUUAGAAAA